AUGUCUUUGAAAUCAGACGCAUUCCCCUCCUCCACCGCCUUCGACGCCCUCAGCACCGCCCUCUCCACCCCCGCCGCCCGCACCGACGCCAUCAAAAAAGGCGGCGCCAUCUUCGCCAUCGAGCUCAAAAACACCGCAAAGGAAACCGAGUCCUGGUACAUUGACCUCAAAGAAACUGGCACAGUUGGAAAGGGAGCUCCACCUAAGAAGGCUACUGUCACGUUGGUGUUGAGCGACAAGGACUUUGGGGAGCUGGUUGCGGGCAAGGCGAAUGCGCAGAAGCUGUUCAUGAGCGGGAAGCUGAAGGUCAAGGGGGAUGUCAUGAAGGCUACUAAGCUUGAGCCGGUCUUGAAGGGGGUUCGGGGGCCGGGGGCGAAGUUGUAG